UAGCUUUAAGUACUUGCUCUGUGCGCAGGUGGCGCCCCGCGGUGGACGGUCUGCGCCACGACAGGCCGUGACGCGCCGCUGUCACUCGUUUUCUCUCCACGUGAACCUCGAGCCUCCUCAUGUUCCGCAGACUCGCCGCGUCGACGCUCCGGCUGCGGCCGCGCCGCGCGGCCGCCACCGGCGCGUCGAGCUCCGGCUGCGGCUGGACGGUGGAACACGACCGAGCGCAGCGGCGCUUCACCGUCGCUCCGGGCGGCAGCGGCGCCGCCGAGGCCCGUGACUGUGCAGUGCUGAGCUACAGAUUCACCGGGGAGAAGGAGGUGGAUCUGAUGUCCACCUUUGUGCCGGAGACGUUCAGGGGCCGAGGCGUCGCUGCGCUGCUGACACAGGCGGCCAUGGACUUCCUGGUUGAAGAAGACCUCAAGGCUCGUGUCUCCUGCUGGUACAUCCAGAAAUACAUCGAGGAGCAGCCGCUGCAGCCGUUCAAAGACCUCGUCGUCACUUGACCGCUGCUCGUUUAGCUUUUCAAUCACUACCUUAAAUCAUCUACGACCUCAUCUCGACAACUUGAUCUGUACAAUCCACAGCCACUCAAAGUCGUGGUUAUGGAUAAUAAGAGUUUGUUUCCCCCGAGAUUUGUCCCUUAUCCCUGAUCAGAACUAUUCCAAUGAGUGACAGUUUAAUUUAUUUUGUUUUUUAAAAAUCUUAAAUUUCACGAAGAAGGAAUUGUUGAUCUGAGAAUAUUGAAUUGUAUUGAAUCUGUAACAUGUUACAGUGUGUUUGAAUCAUUCAAUGAGAGGAAAACAAAUAUUCAUCAAGGCACACUGUGUAAUUUUUUUACUGUAAUAUUGAGAGUAAAUUUGUACGUAUGUUUGUUGACAA